UCCUAAUUAGACUGAAAAAAAAAACAUCAUGUUAACAACUUGAUCAAUCGAUUUGCAACCCUUGCAUGUCGGAUAAAGUAGGAAACAGUUACAGUUGACAGCAGUCUAACAUCGCCAGAAUUGUGUGUCAGUAAUCAAUUUCUGCACAACUUGUGCAGAACCCUACUUUUACAGCAUCCAUAAGUGGGAUCUUAUGCACAUUGACAACAUUUAUAAAUUCUAUGUGAUAAAAUAAUGGAACAAUAAUCGAAUAUAAUAGUAUCCAUGCAUCAUACUAUAUUAUUGUGCACUAUAAUAUAAUGUUUGUAUAACAAUAGCAUCAUAAUAUAAUAUAUUGCAUUUUUCAUGAAAAAUGUGAUGUGUGACAUAAUGUAUAAGAACCAUUUGCUUUAAGUGCAGAAGGUUGAACAAAAGUAGGUGUGGGGGGGCUUAAUUGUAGUCUACAUGGCAACGAGCAUAGAAGGUUAUGUGCUGGUAGAAUGAUGCUUGAUGGCAAUGAUGAAUACGCUGCUAGAAAAAGGAAUUCUAUCACUCUGCAUUCACAUGCAUGCACUUAUGCAGGGCUCAUGAGAGUGGAUGUGCACAUGUGUGUAUGAUAGAGUAUUACAAGGUGUUGUCAAGAAAGCAAUUUGUUUCUGUCUCGGAUGAGUUUUUCAUCAUGACAAAUUGAUGUAAACCUCAUCUAAAAAUCCAGCACCUUCCCCUAUGCCCCCACCGUGUCUACCUGGGUGCCACUUUAUUAGGAUGAAGUCAUACCUGCAGCCCCCCCAACACACACACACACACACACCUUCUGCACCCCGCCAGUGGCCCCGCCUCUGCUGUAAAUCUAGUCUCGACACCUGUGUAUGCAAGUGUGUAUAUCAAAAGGGAAGAACUGGAUGUGUGCACAGCAGUCCUGAUCCCCGCAUAUGUAUGGGUGAACAUGCACGUACGUGCUGACACAUACAAGCCACCUAUAUGCACGGCAGGGUGCUGCAGAGGAUGAUGUCUGACGAUGGCACAUGAAGAGGUUGAAAAUGAGGCUAACAAUGGUCCUCAGCAGCCGUGGCACAGAUGCUGGUGUUGGACUCUUUCAACUUUUCACAUUGCUCUCACACACGCACACACUUUUACUUGGAUGAGUUAUUCCUCAUAUAUAGACUUGCUGUUCAAAGUGGGUGACUAUUGUUCUCUCUGUGUCUUCAAUCACUGUCCUCAUAAAGGUCUGUGUCAUUCUUCUUCAUACUCAUGGUUCAUUAUCCACAAAGCACUGACAAACUGACAUGCACUGUAGUAUGUGCUAUUUUGGGUUUUGCAGAGGAUUAUGCAAGUUAGCCUGAAUGCAUAAUGUCUGAAUAAGUGUUGAGUCAGAUGUAAUGCUCAAUAUGCUAUUACAUUACAUUUGAUUAUAAUUAUGAUAAUGAGCAAGAGGUUACAAGAGCAUGUUGGUUGAAAUGGAGCAAUGUGUCUGCCCUCUGCUGGGCAGCACGAAGACCUCCACAUAGUGGUAGCAUGAAGUGGUACAUCCUAAAACUGUUAAGGUCACAUUACAUUGCGAUGAUGUUGUUUGAUUGUUUUUUUUUUAUGUUUUUCUAGUGGUUGCUUUGUCUGACACUUUGUGUUUUGGAUGUAGGUACAUCCUGCCAAGUGAAAUCAGAAAUAAUUCUGGAUUUAUCUCUGCAAAGUCCUCUGCCCUCCUACCUGUUUGAUGGUUUUGUUUCCUUGAUGUCUCAACAGGAUUGAUCUUCUCCUUCUGUCACGUUUUCUGCCACGUCAUGUUUGCUUAGCCUUCUAUGGUAUGACUUAUGUCAUCCAUUUAAUUCACCCAUAUCCUCAUAAUCACCUCAUCCUCACCCUUCUCCAAAAGACUACAUUCCUCUAUUGUUUUGGUGUCUCAUCCCUAACUCCAUCCAUUCGGCUCACUCGUUGGCUCUCACAAUCAUGCUUCCUCCCUCUGCAUCUCACUACAUCGGAGAGAAAGGAAGAGAGAGAGAGUGUGGGAGAGAGGGAGGUGGGAGUCUGUGUGGGAUGAGUCUGCUCUCAGUCUCAGCCGUGGCCAGAUGGAGGAUGGAACCACAGCCACAUCUCUUCUUUUCUUCUGCUUCGCCUGCCACUGCUAUCUCUUUUUCACUCCCAGUGUCUCCUCAUGCAUCCAGUCCCCCCAUGCCUGCCUUGACCUUGGUAUGUGUGAGGGAUUGAGCAUAAGACGGAGUAAGGACAAGGAGUAAAGGGGGUAGACAAAAAGACUGGGAUGGCAGCACAGAGCUCCGUGCUCAUCGUUUUUGCCUGAAGCGUGUUGGUGUGCGGCGUCUGUCUCUGCAGUGCAACAGCUACACGUGUGCUUUAGUGUCUCGGUCCACACUGCUUGAGUGUGUGCUUAUUGAGAGAUCCUCUUCCAUAUCUCACGCUUCGGCGCUCAGCAAGUGGACUGUACUUCUCAAAGCUUGGCUUGAAACCGACAAAGAAGAAAGACAAUAGAAGAACUGCUAAAGGACAGACUGUCUUCAGGAGGAACUUUGACAGUGCAGGAAAACAGGGUACAACAAACACCGAGAAAGAGGAAAAGGGCGCUCCAAAGGGAGCAGAGAGCAGAGAAGUGGAGGAAAAGGACAUAAGGGUACAGAGGGUUAAUCAGAAAGCGAUACAAGUGCAGAGCGAUGCAUCACUCAGGCAACACAGGAAGAACAAAGACCCUCUCUCACGAGACAGGUCGCCCACUGCCUCCAACCUCUUCCUCCUCCUUGCUCCCUCCGUCCCUCCCGUCCUCUUCGUCCGCCCCACACCACCCAUCCCCCGGCCCUUCUCCACCCAUCAGGGAGUGCCAGGUGCCUCUCCUGGAGAAAAACUCCACCCAUUCUCACUUGGAGCCUCACCCGGAUGAUUCAUAUUUGCUGCGGGCCCAGCCGUCCUCCACGGGGGUGGCAAACCACCACACCCAGUCCAAACUAAGGCCUCCACUGCCCCCGCCACACAACCAUCACACCUUGUCGCACCAGUCUGCAAACAGUUUGAACAGAAACACCCUGAGAGGACGGAACCCCAUUCACGCCCCCACAACUGGCACCGGAGACGGACCCACCACACCAGAGUCUGUGCAGCUUCAAGACAGCUGGGUGCUCAACAGUAAUGUCCCACUAGAAACUAGGCACUUCUUAUUCAAGACAUCGUCUGGGACCACCCCUCUUUUCAGUAGCUCCUCUCCCGGCUACCCUCUCACCUCGGGAACAGUGUAUUCUCCGCCUCCUCGUUUGCUACCCAGAAACACCUUUUCUCGCUCAGCCUUCAAGCUAAAGAAGCCGUCCAAGUACUGCAGCUGGAAGUGUGCAGCGGUGACGGCCAUUGCUGCUGCCGCCCUACUGGCCAUCCUAUUGUCCUACUUCAUUGCGAUCAACUUGCUGGGUUUGACAUGGCAGCUGAAGCCGUCCGAUGGCCCCGUGUUAAACAACGGACUGGGGGCCGGCUUGCCUGUCAACAGCGAUGUGGCCACGCUGCCUUCUGGAGGCAGAGUUUCUUUCCCCCUUUCACCAGGACCCUGGGCAGGACGGAACAGCAGCGUAGACACAGGCAGCAUUGACGUGGGGAGGCGAGUGACCCAGGAAGUCCCACCAGGAGUGUUUUGGAGGUCCCUUCUUUACCUCAGCCAAGCCCAGUUUCUCAAGUUCAACAUCUCCUUGGGCAAGGAUGCCUUGUUCGGAGUGUACAUCCGCAAGGGCUUGCCUCCCUCGCAUGCACAGUAUGACUACAUGGAGCGCUUGGAUGGGAAGGAGAAAUGGAGUGUGGUCGAAUCUCCCAGAGAGAGGAGGAGCAUCCAAACCGUGGUCCUCAAUGAAGCAGUUUUUGUCCAGUACCUGGACGCCGGAGCCUGGCACCUGGCUUUCUACAAUGAUGGUCGCGAAAGGGAAACGGUUUCCUUUAGUACAAACAUUAUGGAUUCAGUGCAGGAGUGCCCGCGCAAUUGCCAUGGUAACGGAGAGUGCAAUUCUGGCGUGUGCCAUUGCUUCCCAGGAUUCCAUGGCAUGGACUGCUCCAAAGCGGCAUGCCCAGUGCUGUGCAGCGGCAACGGCCAGUACGACAAGGGCUCCUGUGUGUGUUACAGCGGUUGGAAAGGACCCGAGUGUGAUGUCCCUGUCACACAGUGCAUUGACCCUCUUUGCAGCGGCCACGGCACCUGCACCAAUGGCAACUGUGUGUGCUCCAUCGGCUACAAAGGACAGAACUGUGCAGAAGUGGAUUGCCUGGACCCAACAUGUUCCAACAAUGGCAUUUGUGUGAACGGGGAGUGCCACUGUAAGCCGGGAUGGGGAGGGCUCCACUGUGAGCUGCCCAGAGCUCAAUGUCCAGACCAGUGCCACGGUCACGGCGCUUUCAUUCCAGAUACUGGAUUGUGCAGCUGUGACCCCAACUGGAUGGGCCCUGACUGCUCUAUGGAGGUGUGUUCUGUGGACUGCGGGACGCAUGGAGUGUGUAUGGGUGGAGCUUGUCGCUGCGAGGAGGGCUGGACCGGAGCAGGCUGUGACCAGCGUGUGUGCAACCCGCUCUGCAUCAAACAUGGAACCUGCAAGGAUGGCAAGUGUCAGUGUCACCAGGGUUGGAAUGGAGAGCACUGCACUAUCGACCAUGGGAGCAUGGUUGACAAAGCAGAUGGCUGCCCUAACCUAUGUAAUGGGAAUGGCCAGUGCACCAUGGGCCAGCAGAGUUGGCAUUGUGAAUGUCAGACUGGUUGGAGGGGCCCCGGGUGCAGUGUUGCCAUGGAGACCUCCUGCGCUGACAAUAAGGACAAUGAAGGAGACGGACUAACAGACUGCAUGGACCCAGACUGCUGCAUUCAAAGUCCUUGUCAGAACAGUCCGUUGUGUCGAGGCUCCAGGGACCCUCUGCAAGUCAUACAACAGAUCCCCUCCUCCCAGACCCGCGUGCACUCCUUCUACGACCGUGUUAAAAUGCUUGUAUCACGGGAUGGCACCCAUGUCAUACCUGGGGAAAACCCAUUCAACUCCAGUUUGGCAUCCCUUAUCCGGGGUCAGGUGUUGACGACUGACGGAACUCCUCUGGUGGGGGUGAACGUGUCUUUUGUCAACUAUCCCCACUAUGGAUACACGCUGACUCGGCAAGAUGGAAUGUUUGACCUGAUAGCUAACGGUGGGGCAUCAUUGACUCUACGAUUCGAACGUGCCCCGUUCCUGAGCCAGGAGCACACCGUGUGGCUGCCGUGGAGCCAGUUUUAUGCUAUGGACACUGUGGUGCUUAAGACAGAAGAGAACACAAUCCCUGGCUGUGACCUGAGUGGCUUCGUCAGGCCUGAUCCUCUUGUGAUUGCAUCCCCUCUCUCCUCCUUCUUCAGCUCCAAGCCAGGGGAGAAACCCAUCAUACCAGAGACACAGGUGCUGCAUGAGCAGAUCGAGGUACCUGGCACUAGUCUAAAGCUGUGCUACCUGAGUUCCAGGACACAGGGUUACCGCUCCCUGCUCAAGGUGACCAUGACCCCUGCCGUGGUUUCCAUGGGUCUAUUGAAGGUUCACAUGAUGGUCGCAGUGGAGGGCCACCUCUUUCAGAAGUGGUUUCAUGCAUCGCCCAAUUUGGCUUUCACGUACAUCUGGGAUAAGACUGAUGCAUACGGACAGAGGGUCUACGGGCUGUCUGAGGCUGUUGUCUCCGUAGGCUACGAGUAUGAGUCAUGCGCUAGUCUCAUUCUGUGGGAGAAGAGAACCGCCAUCCUCCAAGGCUACGAACUGGAUCCCACCAAUCUGGGAGGCUGGUCACUGGACAAGCACCAUAUACUCAAUACGCGCAGUGGCAUUCUUCACAAGGGAAGCGGAGAGAACAUCUUUGUGACAGAGCAACCUCCAGUCAUCACCAGCAUCAUGGGCAAUGGUCGCAGACGCAGUAUCUCCUGCCCCAGUUGUAACGGACUUGCGGACGGCAAUAAGCUGCUGGCGCCAGUUGCCUUGGCGAUGGGCAUUGACGGCAGCCUCUACGUCGGGGACCUCAACUUUGUGCGCAGGGUUUUCCCAUCCUUGAACACUACUGGCAUCUUGGAAUUGAGGAACAAAGAUUUCAGACACAGUAACAAUCCAACCCAUAAGUAUUUCCUGGCAGUCGAUCCAUUAUCCGGGGCAUUGUUCAUCUCAGACACCAACUCCCGACGAAUUUACCGUGUUCGCUCGUUAACGGGUGGUCGUCUGCUGUCUGACAAUGCCGAGGUGGUAGCUGGGACUGGAGAGCAGUGCCUGCCCUUUGAUGAACGCUGCGGCGACGGCGGCAAAGCCACUGAAGCUACACUUAUGAGCCCAAAAGGUAUUGCCGUGGAUAAAAAUGGGCUCAUGUACUUUGUGGAUGCCACUAUGAUCCGGAAGGUAGACCAAAACGGCAUCAUCUCCACUCUGCUGGGGGCCAACGAUCUGACCGCUGUACGACCACUGAGCUGUGACACCAGCAUGGAUGUGAGCCAGGUACGUCUGGAGUGGCCUACAGACUUAGCGGUGAAUCCCAUGGACAACUCUCUGUAUGUCCUGGAGAACAACGUCAUUCUACGCAUUACUGAGAACCAUCAGGUGAGCAUCAUUGCAGGCCGGCCCAUGCACUGCCAGGUUCCAGGUAUUGACUACAGCCUGAGCAAGCUGGCAAUCCACGCUGCCCUUGAGAGUGCUACAGCCAUCGCUCUGUCCCACACGGGCAUUCUCUACAUCGCUGAGACAGAUGAGAAGAAGAUUAACCGUGUUCGACAGGUGAGCACUAAUGGAGAGAUCUCCCUCCUGGCUGGCGCUGCCUCCGACUGUGACUGCAAGAAUGAUGUCAACUGCAACUGCUUCUACGGAGACGACGGCUACGCUCCUGAUGCCGGCUUGAACUCUCCUACCUCGCUGGCUGUAUCCCCUGAUGGGACGCUGUUCAUCGCAGAUCUCAACAACAUACGCAUCAGAGCUGUGCAAGCAAACCGGCCUGGACCUGCCGUCUCUAGUACAGGCUACAGCGGCUCUGGGGGCCCCCAAUAUGAGGUGGCAUCACCCAGGGAACAGGAGCUGUAUAUCUUCAAUGCCGAGGGACUUCACAUCCAGACAGUUAGUCUUGUGACUGGAGAGCCGCUUUAUAACUUUACGUAUGGUGCAGAUGGAGAGUUGGCCAGUCUGAUGGACAAUUGCAAUAAUUCAGUCAAGGUGAGAAGGGAAGGCCUGGGCCAGGGAGGAGGAGCAGGCCUGCUGCGACUGGUUCUUCUGCCGGAGAAUCAAGUGGUGACCUUGGGGCUGGAUCCGAGCGGAGGUCUGCGUAGUGUGUCAGCCAUGGGCCAAGAAGUGGCUCUGAUGGGCUACAGCGGCAACACGGGCCUGCUCGCUACCAAAGCUGAUGAGACCGGAUGGACCACCUUUUACCAGUAUGACAGCGAGGGUCGCCUCACUAAUGUGACAUAUCCCACGGGCAUGGUAACGAGUCUCCAUCGUGAGAUUGAACGUUCCAUCACUAUCGAUAUCGAGAGCUCGAGCAGAGAUGACGAUGUGACUGUCAUCACCAACCUGUCUUCUGUAGAGGCCUCGUACACUGUGGUGCAAGACCAGGUAAGGAACAGCUACCAGCUGUGUAACAAUGGGACCCUGAGAGUCAUGUAUGCCAAUGGAAUGGGCAUAAGCUUCCACACGGAGCCCCACAUCUUGGCAGGCUCUGUCAGUCCUACGAUUGGUCGCAGGAAUAUAACACUUCCCACAGACAAUGGCCUUAACUCCAUUGAAUGGCGUCUACGUAAAGAGCAGACCAAGGGAAAGAUUACAGUCUUUGGCAGGAAGCUGAGGGCACAUGGCCGCAACCUCCUCUCCAUCGAUUUUGACCGCAACACACGCACAGAGAAGAUUUACGAUGAUCACCGCAAGUUUACACUGCGGAUCAUGUAUGAUGCACAGGGACGGCCGGCGAUGUGGUUGCCUAGCAGCAGCCUGGCAGUGGUCAAUGUGUCCUACUCAUCCACUGGGCAGCUUGUUGGCUUGCAGAGGGGGAGCAUGAGCGAGAGAACUGAGUUUGAUGCCCAUGGACGCAUCCUAUCUCGUACUUUUGUGGACGGGAAGGUGUGGAGUUACAGUUAUCUUGAUAAAUCUAUGGUGUUAUUGCUGCAGAGCCAAAAGCAGUACAUCUUUGAGUUUGAUACCUCAAACCGAGUCACAGCUGUCACCAUGCCGAGCGUUGCCCGCCACACCAUGUUCACACACGUGUCUAUCGGAUACAUCCGUAACACGUACAACCCCCCAGAAAGCAACGCCUCCAUCAUCCACGACUUCAGCGAAGAUGGCAGGCCUCAGGCCACACAUUACCUGGGAACCGGCCGCCGUGUCCUCUACAAGUACGGCAAGCUGGCCAAGUUGUCUGAGAUCGUGUAUGACAGCACUGCAGUCACUUUCGGCUAUGAUGAGACCGCCGGCGUGCUGAAAAUGGUCAAUCUCCAGAGCGGCGGCUUCUCUUGUACCAUCCGCUAUCGCAAGAUGGGCCCGCUCAUUGACAAGCAAAUCUAUCGCUUCAGUGAAGAGGGGAUGGUCAAUGCAAGGUUCGACUACACAUACCACGACAACAGUUUCCGAAUCGCCAGCAUGAAACCGGUCAUCAGUGAGACGCCUCUUCCUGUUGACCUCUACAGAUAUGAUGAAAUCUCUGGCAAGGUGGAGCACUUUGGAAAGUUUGGGGUCAUUUACUAUGACAUUAAUCAGAUCAUCACCACAGCUGUUAUGACGCUGAGUAAGCAUUUUGACACCCACGGUCGCAUCAAGGAGGUCCAGUAUGAGAUUUUCCGAUCCCUCAUGUACUGGAUGACAGUACAGUAUGACAGCAUGGGACGGGUGGUGAAGAGAGAGCUCAAAAUUGGGCCCUACGCCAACACCACUCAGUAUCGCUAUGAUUAUGAUGGAGACGGACAGCUCACAGGGGUCAAGGUGAACGACUGGUCAACAUGGCGUUACAGCUAUGACCUGAACGGUAACCUUCAUCUGCUGAACCCUGGGAACAGCGCUCGGAUCAUGCCGCUACGCUAUGACCUCCGUGAUCGCAUCACACGACUGGGAGACGUCCAAUACCGCCUGGAUGAGGAUGGUUACCUCAGCCAGCGGGGUUCUGACAUGUUUGACUACAAUUCAAAGGGUCAGCUGCUGAGGGCCUACAAUCGUGGACCUGGCGGCUGGAGCGUUGUGUAUCACUACGACGGGCUUGGCCGCCGAGUCUCGACAAGGAACAGCCUUGGACAGCACCUUCAGUUCUUUUAUGCUGAUCUCAACCAUCCAACUAGGAUGACACACAUCUUUAACCACUCCAGCUCAGAAAUCUCCUCGCUCUACUAUGACCUGCAGGGUCAUCUGUUUGCCAUGGAGGUAAGCAGUGGUGAGGAAUACUACAUAGCAUCUGACAACACCGGGACACCCUUGGCUGUUUUUAGCAGCAAUGGACAGAUGAUCAAACAGUUGCAGUACACAGCGUAUGGAGAGGUUUAUCUGGACUCCAAUCCAGAAUUUCAGCUGGUGGUUGGAUUCCAUGGUGGUCUGUAUGACUCGCUGACCAAGCUGGUCCACUUCACCCAGCGUGACUACGACGUCUUAGCCGGGCGUUGGACCUCACCCGACUACAGCAUCUGGCCCAAGAUCGGGAAAGAUCCCUCUCCAUUUAAUCUGUACAUGUUCAAGAACAACAAUCCCCUCAGUGACAUGUUAGAUGUCAAAAAUUAUGUCACAGAUGUGAAGAGUUGGCUGGUGAUGUUUGGCUUCCAGCUUAGCAACAUAAUACCAGGAUUCCCUCGACACUCGCUCUACUUUGUGGAGCCCCCGUACGAGCUGCAGGCCACUCAGCACUGUGAAAACGGACAGCUCAUCACUGGAGUGCAGCAGGCCGCGGAGCGUCACAACCAGGCGUUCAUGGCCCUGGAGGGUCGUCUUCUCAACAAGGAACGCCGCAGACGCAAGGACAAGCCGGGCCACUGGUUUGGCACCAGUACCCCCAUCAUUGGCCGUGGGGUAAUGCUGGCGCUGAAGGAGGGCAGAGUAGUGGCUGGCGUGUCAUCUUUGGCUAGCGACGACAGCCGCAAAGUGGCUCUCGUGCUGAAUGGCGCCCAGUACCUGGAAGGCACGCACUACACGCAGGAUGGGAAGGACUGUCACUACUUUGUCAAAAUUGGCUCAGCUGACAGCGAUCUCUUGGCGCUGGGACUGACCAACGGACGUAAGUCACUGGAGAGCGGUAUCAACGUGACGGUGAGCGGGCGCUCCAGGAGAGGAGUGACCGUGGAAUUUGCGGUGCCGUCGUUUGUGGUGAGCGUUCGUUACGGGCUCUCUGCAGACGUGGUGGAUGAGGAGAAGGUAAGACUGUUGGAGCUGGCUCGACAAAGGGCAUUGGCGGGGGCCUGGGCCAAAGAACAGCAGAAGGCUAGAGACGGAAAAGGCGGCAGUCGCCUCUGGACUGAAGGAGAGCGACAACAGCUCCUAACAACAGGAAGAGUACAAGGCUAUGAUGGCUACUAUGUACUACCUGUGGAGCAGUACCCAGAACUGGCUGACAGCAGUAACAACAUCCAAUUCCUCAGACAGAACGAAAUGGGCAAGAGGUAACAGCCCACCUUGCGCUAGUCCAACUCAUCCUAACCCUUUCUUUCAUUCCCAGCCUCCUCAACCCUUCACCAACAAACGGGGUUACUCAUGGAACGCUGCAGGGACAUUUGAAGAGUGAAAACUAUUAUUAAUUUUACUGCCACAGGCAAAAAAAAGUAAGGUAAUAUUUCUUUUGAUGACAAAAACACUGAAAAAGUGAAAAGGCACUGCUUAAUAAAUAAGAAGAUUCCCCUUUUUAAAAAAGAUGAUUGAUAUUUUCACCCAUAUUUUUGGGUCACACUGAGAGCGACCGUGAACGUUCAGUGGAGCUUCGCCGGCUUCUGCGGCGAAGCCUCUUCUCUCUCAUGGACGCUGAAAGCAAAAUGACUGAAGUGGAGACCACUUUGGAGUGUUGUCAUGACAACAACACAUGCGUGGAGGACGGACAAGGAAAUGUUCAAGUCAGUCCAGCACUAUGAGUGGUCACCUUGUCUCAGGCCUCCCACUGACCAUCGCUGAGCAGUCGUCCCCUGCUGAUGCAGUACUCAUCACACGCUGAAGGCCUCCCUCAACUACUCUUACUGGACCACAAAGACUUUGACAAAAAAAAAAAAAGAUUGCUAUAUUUGCGGACAGUGGCACGUGAAACCGGGCGAAAGGACUACAAAUAUGUCCGACUCCACUAAGGUUCAGGAUGUUGCGUAUACUGUAGAUGCUGUAGUUUUGUAUGUUUCAGUCGCAGUAGGAUUGUGAGACGUCACCGAGGCAUUUCUGUACAGAACACACCGCUCACAGAGUCCAAACAUAUGAAGUAUUUAUUUUCAUUUUCUUUUGUUUGUUUUUUUAAAUUAAUUUAUUCUUAGUACUAUAUGACAAUCAUGAAUGAGUCGGUUGUAUUCAAAAUGAAUUUUAACAUAUGGGUUGAUUUUUUUUUUUUCUUUUGUAAAUUAUGUGUCCAAUUUUGUUUUUGUAUUACUUUUUAGAUUACUACCAGGGCAAAUAAUAGUAAGUCUCUAAAAAGAAUAAUUUAUGUGUUUAAAAUGGUUUAUAAACUAAAUAAAAGUCUUUAAAACUGUGAAAAUGUUUUUCCAAGCUAUAUUUCGAUGUACAGUUGUAUAGACCUACCUUUAUGCAGCACAGUAGAAUAUUGUUCAGAAUAUCAAGUUUUAUAUUUCUAAGAGGAAGUGGCUUGUUAUGUGCAAAUUCUUUGGCUGGUAUUACUACUCUUAGAGUUUUGUGGCACUCUAAUAUUGCAUAUCUACAGCAUCAGUCCGCAGUUUGUUGUUUUCUUUUUCGUUCUUUCUGUCUUUGUUUUUGGAAGCUGAUGUAUUUCUGACCUAGAUCCCAACAGCAGUAGCAGUAAUGGAUCCUCCUCACUGUGAAGAGACUCGUGAUGGAUGUCAAAAUGUACCAAAUCAGUAUUAUCAAAGGAUAACACUUUCACUAAAACGAGACUCUUCUGGGACCUUAUGAAUAAAACAUGAUUGUUUACUUCAACUCAAGCAUGUCUAGUUCACUUUCAUCUCAUUUCUUUUGCAUAGCACAAUAAAUGUUCCUGUUUUUUUUUUUCCUUACUGUUCUAAUUCCAGCAGAGGGGACAUAUAUAUUGUAUUUGAAAGACAUUCAGCCACGGCUGAUGGUACCAGACAGUUCAACUGAUUGUAACAGCUCGCUGUUUGUUGCACAUUGCCCUCACAUUGCAUUUCUUCCCCACAUUCUGGUCAAAAAUAAUGACUUGAAUCAUGUUGAAGUAAUGGUUGACCACUACUUCACAUCACAUGUGCUCCUUAGUAGAAUGUUAUCAAAUGAAUGUUGAUCCACUGCAGAGAUUACUUUUUUUCUGUGAAGACAUUGGAAAGUUGUUUUAAGCCGUCUCAAUAAAAAAAAACUGUCUAAGAAGUCACUUAAUGUAUGAAUUAUCUCCAAAUAGAAUAUACAAGAGCUAUGCCAAGCAGUCUGUCUUCGUGAAGUUGCUGUUCAGAUGUCGCUAUCAUUUUUAAUCAUGUUUACUGUAGCUCACUGAUCAGAAAAUCGAUUCCGUUUACGGACUCGCUUCUUAUGAGUCACUCACUGAAGUGAAUCGGGGACUACAUUCACUCAAGUCUCCAGAAACUC